UUCGCGAGUCUCGCCCACUCCCUCUCCAGCCAGGACCCUCUCCCCUCUCCCCUCUCCCCAACAAGGCAGGAAUGGCGGCCCCGGUGGUGGACGCGGACUACCGCAAGGAGAUCGAGAAGGCCCGCAGAGAUCUUCGAGCUCUCAUCGCCAGCAAGAACUGCGCCCCCAUCAUGCUUCGCCUUGCAUGGCAUGAUGCUGGAACUUAUGAUGUGACUACAAAAACAGGCGGUCCAAAUGGUUCAAUUAGGCAUGAGGAUGAGUAUACUCAUGGUGCAAAUGCUGGCUUAAAAAUUGCUAUAGAUCUCUGUGAGCCUGUGAAGUCCAAGCAUCCAAGGAUUACUUAUGCUGAUCUUUAUCAGUUGGCUGGAGUUGUAGCAGUUGAAGUGACUGGAGGACCAACCAUUGAGUUUGUUCCAGGAAGACGGGAUUCAUCAGUUUGCCCAAGAGAAGGACGACUUCCUGAUGCUAAGAAAGGUGCACCCCAUCUGAGAGACGUCUUUUGCAGGAUGGGGUUAACUGAUAAGGAUAUUGUUGCACUCUCUGGUGGCCACACGCUGGGGAAAGCUCAUCCUGAAAGGUCGGGAUUCGAUGGUGCCUGGACCAGUGAACCCCUGAAAUUUGAUAACUCCUAUUUUACUGAAUUGCUCAAGGGAGAAACAGAGGGACUUCUGAAGCUUCCGACUGACAAGGCUCUGUUGGGCGAUCCUGAGUUUCGACGCUAUGUUGAGUUGUACGCCAAGGACGAGGAUGCUUUCUUCAAGGAUUAUGCGGAGUCGCAUAAGAAGUUAUCAGAACUUGGAUUUACUCCACGAGGUUCAACUGCCAAGUCAGUUGCUGAUAGUACCAUACUUGCACAAGGGGCUUUUGGAGUUGCUGUUGCUGCUGCAGUUGUGAUCUUGAGCUACUUCUACGAAGCUACGCGGAGAAAAUGAAAUAGCCGAAGUUCAUAUCAGGUUCUACAACUUAAAUAGGUAAUAUAUCUAGAAUAAAUUCAAUGCUAUAGAUGUUAUUAAAUGGCAAUAGUAAUUCAUGCCAUGCUACAUUUUUCGAAUUCUAUCAUAUAAGAAGGCCAUACAGUAAUAACUAAGGAGAUUGGAAGUCUUUGUUAUUUAUUGAGACAUCUGAAACUUUAAUAUGUGGAACUUUGCCUUAA